AUGACCUACAACAUAAACAAGCAUGCAAGUACCGCGGUUUACUUCGUGCGUGGGACGCAGGUCAAACGGCCUCCCCCCCUUCAUCCACAGCACACGCAUCUGACAUCCACGUGCCUGCCCCGACGUGUCUGCUUGUUGUCAAACUCGCGGAAGGCGACAUCGAAGCAAGCAGUUGCCUCUUGUAUCCCUGAGGCCGCCGACGCCAUGUUGGACGCCAUGCACGUCAUGGAGUGGUGACCGGCGCUACGUUCGGCAGUGCUUUGCCGCCUGGCCAAAGCCGAAGGCCUGAUGGUGAGAGACUACACGUCAAAGCAUCCAACCAAUCCGAAGCGUUUGACGGAGAAAGGAGCCACAAGCAAUUUACGGUCCUGAGACGUGUACAUCUCUAGGUGGUCGGACGAGGGUAUUUUCGAACGUAGAUGUCGGAUACGAAAGCCCCCCGCACGUGGGCGUCGGGAAUUCAUUUCCAAUCCUUUGAUUGAAUCACC